UGCAAACCUGCCGAUACCAUGAGCUAUCAACAUGCAACGUCCUACUCGACGUCGAAAGAUGAGAGCCGCUUGACCAACAUGUGGCAGCGCCUUGUGCGACAGUCGCAGUAUGACGCCAAAGGGAAACCGAGGACGAGGCUGGCCAUCGUCCGCCGACGUCUACUAAGACUACCAACCGCCAUCUUCUUGCUGUGGUUCUUUGUGCUGCUAUGGGGCGAGCGCAGUGUCUUUAGUAGCAGCAUCGAUGCCUGCAAGUGGGAUACAUGGGAGAAAUGGCCCUCAGAUGCGCAACCUCACCGCAUUGCACUGAUCGCCGACCCUCAGCUCGUUGACCCACACACAUAUCCUGGCCGACCAUGGCCCUUUUCCUCGUUGACUAUCGCUGCGACCGACAAGUACAUCAAACGUUCCUACUAUCUGCUACAACGCCAUGUCGAUCCCGACACUACCUUGUUCUUGGGCGAUUUGUUUGACGGAGGAAGAGAAUGGUCUACACACUUCGAAGGCUUCCACCCUUCGGAACAGCAAUGGAAGAAAUAUGGUGACAGCUACUGGCUCAACGAAUACGACCGUUUCGGCAAGAUAUUCUUUGCCCAAAACCAGGUUACUGGAGGACUACCUGCACACAAGGUCAAGAAGUUUGUCGCCAGUCUACCCGGCAACCACGACUUGGGCUUCGGAAACGGUGUUCAAGUGCCAAUUCGAAACCGCUACCAAGCCUACUUUGGCGAAGGUGACAGGAUAGACGUUGUAGGAAACCACACCUUUGUCAGCAUCGACGCCGUCAGUUUGAGCGCCAUGGGUCAACCAGACAGCUCUCCAGAGCUUUGGAACGCCACCAUGGACUUUCUUGACAACGCCCAGCACCUCAAAUACAAGGCUGUGCGCGCAGAGCUCAAGGAGCAGCAAGGCUUGAUACCACACAGAAGAUGGGCCCAUGAAGUCACGCAUCCUCGCGAUCUAGGCCGUCAGCCUACCAAGGAAGAGCUAGCCAAGGAGUCAAAGCCUGAGUUUCCGACUAUUCUCCUUAGUCAUGUACCCCUGUACCGCCCAGAGGGCACUCCUUGUGGUCCUCUUCGCGAAAAGUACCCACCAAAAGCACCGAAUAUUAAGCACGACAAGCCUAAUGCCAUCCGUAUUGCUGGUGGCUAUCAAUACCAGAACGUCUUGACACAGGAGAUUUCGACCACAGUUGCUGAGAAGAUUGGCAAUAUUGCUCAUGCCUUCUCGGGCGAUGAUCACGACUACUGUGAGGUUGUGCAUCCUUAUUAUGCCUCGAGACACGACAGAGGCAUCCGCGAAAUCACGGUCAAGAGCAUAAGCUGGGCGAUGGGCGUUCGCAAACCAGGUUUCCAACUAGUCAGUCUCUGGAACCCAGUCGAUGAGAAGGGAGAAUCUCUCCGCGACGGACCAACACUGCAAACCCACCUAUGUCUCUUGCCAGAUCAGCUCAGCAUUUUUAUACUGUAUGGCAUCCUGGCGGCCUUCUCGUUCAUCGCCUUGGCCAUCAACACCCUGGUCCAGGUCAGAAACGAAGAAGCCGCAGCCUCAGAGCCGAACUUCAACAUCCUUCCAACCUCGGAGCCGUCUAACCCUCCAAACUCAUACUCUAAAACACGCGCUCGCUCUCCCUCAGGCGCAACAAACUCAAUGUCUUCUUCCGAACAUUCGAAUGGCAAACUCUCAGCUCGCUCUACGAAUGCCAGAACCCGCAGCGUCAGUCCCGCAGUGGGUUAUGGUCUUCCCACCGCUCGACCGAACGGAACCUCACUGAUAGAAAAAGCAGGAUACUAUGGUAAUAACCCUGAGUAUCAGAUGUACAACAGAGAGGAAGUGUAUGACGAGAGUGAUGAUUGGGGUAAUCCUAUCUUUAGGAAGCCACCAAAGCCUAGGGUGCCAAAGACAUUCAGGAGGAAGCUUGUGGACAGGUUUGGCAGGGAAGUCGGUUUGGCUGGUGGCCCUGCGUUAUUGUUCUAUUGGUGGUUGUUGAGGAGGGGCUGA